AAACACAUCCAUUUACAAAAACAAGGAAUAUUCAUAACAAUUUGGAAGAUGUUGUCGUUUAACCUCUUGCAACGUUCACUUCCAGACAACUUUCAAUUUUUAAUUUGUAAAUUAUUUGCGAAUGAAUACACAUAUUUGCAUGAAUCCAUAAUUUUGAGCCCAUAUGUCAUCAAGGAACUAUACUUUCCUGGUAGAGUUCAUGACAUAUGUCAUGCACUGUGACUUCAUAUCAUGAAAGAACCCAUAAAUAGGGCAUUUAGCAUUUAAAAAAAAAUUGCAAUAGUAAAAGCAUUGAGGAGAUUCCUACGCUUAUCUGAGGUCCAAAGGACACACACACUCAAGUGAGGAAUAAACACGUCUGCAAACAAACAACAUGACUGGACUCUUCACACCUGAUGCAAACAAGUACAUGUACAUGUACAUGUAUGUCACCCAAAAGCUCUUAUUAUAAACAGCAUUGUCACACCAUACUGAGGAUUUUCCGUGUUUGACCAGUGCCUUGUUUCCGGGAUCCGCCCCUUCAAAAGCCUUUAGGUAACGGUGCUCUUGGUGUCAAUUUUGAAAUCAGCCAGAGUUUGUCUUACACAUCGUCUUUAGUUGGCUUUCUUUGGGACUUCGUUGAAGUAAGAAAUGCUUGAAGUUGUUUUGGUGUGGUUUAAAGGCCAGAUGGUAUUCAUAAACUGGGGGAAUUUGGGAACAUCACUUAUCAAGAGCAAUGGAAAUACUGAUUUGUCGUGGUGUAGCCUUGUGAGAGAACAUUGGUGCAAGUUAAUUAACAUGAUGGAAGUACAUUUUUGAUCAAAAAGAACUGGCAUUUAUUAGUGCUGGAUCAAAGGAAAAGCAGUAUCUGUUAUUUUGAAUGCAAGAAUCUUAGAUGACGAUGAAAAGGGGUACUUUGGUAUCGUGAGUACGAGUUAACCCUCUUGUCAAAAUAUCAUUUGUGUUCAGGUAACAAUGGCAACGGCUCUAGAGAAGAUCGACCACCAUCUUAAAUGUGGCAUUUGCCAAGAGAGAUACACACACCCAAAGGUCCUGGACUGCCAGCACAAUUUCUGUCAGAACUGUCUGGAGGAAUAUUACACCGGCAGAUACAAAGAUACUCCCAAGAUUCCUUGCCCUGUGUGUCUACAGGAAACGGUUCUACCAGAUACACGCAUCCAAGGCCUGAAAACCAAUUUUCUUUUGACGGGAAUCAUCGAGGAGAUCUCUGAACAAGAAAAGUUGGCAUGUUCAGAAGAGAAGAACACGUGCCAAAAACACCAGGGAGAAAAGAAACGGUUCUACUGUGAGACAUGUCAAGAGUUAAUCUGCAAUAGCUGUGCAGUGUUAGACCACUGUAAACCACAACAUCACUACAUCGACAUUGGAGAGGCUUCUCUCAAAUACAAACAUUCACUGCAAGAUAUAUUUCUAGAUUUCAACAAAGAAAUAAAAGGACUGGAAAAAUCUUUGACUGCUUCCUCUGAUGCUCAGCAGGAGUUUGCAUGGAAUGUCACAAAGACUGUGAAAGCUGUGCAGGACAGAGCGACUAAAAUGAGAGCUGAGAUAACAUCUCAGGAGAAAAAGUUGAUUGAUAAAAUCCAACAAAUUCAGCAGGAUCGCAACCAAAUGUAUGCUGAACAUCAGAAAACAAUAAGCACUAUGCUACAAGGAAAGCAAUAUUCACUGACAGCGGCCCAAGAUUUCAUUGACACCGCGUCAGAGAGUGACUUUCUGUCCUUCUGUCCUAUCAUCAGCAAAGACUUGGAAUCACUGAAGAGUCCAAAUCUUCCCUGGAUUGAUCCCAAGCUUUCAUAUCUGAGAUUCUCUCCAGGUCAGAGGGUUGAUGAAAUCAACUUGGGCCAGCUGGAGGUGACAGCAGACACAUGGGAGAAGUGCCACACAUGCCGUGAGUUUGGGAAACAUGCUUGGUUUGGUCGAAGGCGGCUUGGUAUGGUUCAAGGCAUUGCCGCUACUCAACCUGGUGAAUUUGCUGUGGUAGAUUGCUGGAACAAGCGAGUGGUGACCUGGAGCAAUGAGGGGCAACAUAAGCAAAACAUUCCCCUGAAAUCACAUCCACGUGACACUGCAACUAUCCACAAUCAUGACAAUCAGUUGGUGGUUGUAGAUGACACCAAGUAUGUCAAGGUGUUCGAUAAGAAGAACAAGCUGGCCUUCCAGGUCCCCACAGUGCCACAGAGUGAAGUUGACGGGACAGAAGUGAACCUCUGCAGUGUAGCAGUUACGAAAGAUGGCACCAUCCUAGUGGGUGAUGUCAAGAGGAUGGUGUGGACGGAGCAUAGACCCACUGAUGGUCAGCUCCUACACACCGUACCAGUGCAGACUCCUCCUUACUUCCUGGCUGUUGAUGACUGCUCUGAUAGAGUUGUGAUCAGCGGAUUCAAAACACAGGAAGUGGGUGUUGCUGUCAGAAAUGGUACAGCACUGUCCACAAUCAAACCAAUCAUUGAUGAGAAGCCGGUGCAGUUGUGCUGUGGUAUUUACUGCCACAGCUCAAGCGUCUAUGCCGCAGUAUGCAAUGAAGCUGGCACUGGUCACAUUCACCACUAUGACCUAGACGGCGUUUUUCUUGCUUGCCUAGCUCAGGAUCUGUGGUCCCCACAUGGAAUCACAUUCAAAUCAGAUGGGCAGUUAGCAGUGGCUGACUGGGACUCAGUCAAGAUGUAUCACAAGGUGUGAUGUCAUCCAACAAGACAUUGACUAGCAAUCUCCACCAUCAUCAUCAUCCAACAGCAAAUGAUGAUGGAACUAUCCAGUCACUGCAGCACUGAUCAACUUCCAUGCCUCACUUAUUCCAAAUCUCACUUCAAAGCAAGCACAACUGAAAUACCCAAACACAACGAAAACUGAAUAUCCAUUGCCUUCUUACACCAUUCAAACCACUGACAGUUGUUUAUGGCAUUUGAUCAUUAGACCUAACAAACAUUUUCCUCUGCCAAUUAUUGCUGGUUAAUUAAUUUCUACUACUAAAUGUCAAUUAAGAAACAGGAUGUGUACACAAGAGUACCCUUUAAGCAAAUAACCAAUUCCAUAGGCAAGUUCUGAAAUUGCCAGUGGAAGGAGACAUUGUUUUGUUCACUAGGUUUCCACUCUUCUUUCAUCGCUGGUACAAAUUUCCAGCCGAAUAUUUUUGCACAGUUCACUAUGUGUAACUUCUGGUCCCACAGCAGUUGGCUACCACGUAACCCACUUCCUUCUACUUGGUAGCCCACCUCCUUCUACUGGGCACCCUACAUGUACCUCCUUUUACUGGGUAACUGCCACCUCCUUCUACUGGGCACCCUACAUGUACCUCCUUUUACUGGGUAACUGCCACCUCCUUCUACUGGGCACCCUACCUCCUUUUACUGGGUAGCAUACCUCCUUCUACUGGGCACCCUACCUCCCCCUACUGGGUAAUCCACCUCCUUCUACUGGGCACCCUACCUCCCCCUACUGGGUAAUCCACCUCCUUCUACUGGGCACCCUACCUCCUUUUACUGGGUAGCCCACCUCCUUCUACAGGGCACUUCUACUGGGUAGCAUAAAAAACUUUUCCAUCAGCUGGAAGUUUGCCAAAGAUUCCAUUUGCUUUGCAAGUAUUCCAUCAAAUACAAAAUGAUUUUAUACUUUGUAUAAUCUCAAUUCUUAACAGCUCUAAUAUGAGAAUACACCAUUUGUAAAGUUUAAUUGUGUUGCUUACAUUUCUUGCUACUCUUUUCAAUCAUAUAUUUUUCCAAACCAGUUUUUCAAGACAAAAAUAAGUCAGUGUGUAAGUUUUAUCAGUAGCUGUUUCCUGUACAAAGCCUUCAACUGUAGCAUCCUUUAGACAGUUACAAGGAUGAGUCAGAAAUUAAAUUCUUAACUCCCAUGCUAAAGGGGAUCAUCCACUGGACAUAUUAAGACUCAAACUUGGAUUCUUAACUUGUUUCUAAAAGGUGCAUUUAUUUCAUGAGAGAGUUAAUGAGAGAGUUUCAAACAUAUUGAAGACCACUUCCUCUGUGAAACGAAUAUUCUCACAACCCAAAUAAUUGUUGUUCUUUGUUGCAUAAGUUUAUUUUGUCAGCAAACGCAAGAGUUUGCUAAGCACUGAAAAGGUAUUUGCUCAGUUUUUAAUACCUGUUGGGGUUUUUCUUCGGUAUCAUGUUACUUGUACCUUGACAAAUCAGAACAUGACCCAGAAUAUUGACCCAGAUUCUUUGAUGGAUUGUAUGGAAAGUAACAAAAAGCUAAUGCUUAAGUAGUGCUUGUACUACUGGUGGGUGUCUUAGAAUCCAAUAAAUGAAACAGGAAAAAUUUA